GCGUGCGCCGAGCGUUCUGGCUCAACAGUGCGCAUGCGCAGUCGCGUAUGACCCCACAGCGCGGAAUUAACGCAUGUUUGUCGGCGCUCACACGCGUUUGCUAGCUCACGUGCUAACUAGCUUGCUAGUUUUACAUAGUUAGCUAACUAGCUAACUAGCAGGUCCAAUUCCAAUUUAUUUCUUUGUUUGACUGUUAUUUUUUAAAAAGAGUUUUAGAGUUGUCUCGUUUUUGUUCUCAGACAUGGAUUCCCAGAAAGACAUGCAGCCUCCUAAACAGCAGCCCAUGAUCUACAUCUGUGGAGAGUGUCACACAGAAAACGAGAUCAAGGCCCGAGACCCGAUCCGCUGCAGAGAGUGCGGCUACAGAAUCAUGUACAAGAAGAGGACGAAGAGACUGGUUGUGUUCGACGCCAGAUGAGCUCCACCCGAUGAACUCCUGCUCUGAACUAAAACCCUUCUUCCUUUUUCUUUGUUUUUCUUUCCUCCAUUUUAGUUUGAAUUUGUAAAUAAGUGUGUAGGAACAAUACAGUUUUGUGUACAAAAAAAAGCUGAGUCAUUGUCCUGCUUGUGUUGAAACUGUUGGUUUAUAAAUCCUGUGGCUUCUGCUGUUUUUCUGUUCGGACGAGGAAACUGUUUGUCACUUCACUUCAUUCUGCUGCUUUACAGGUUAAAACACGUCGAGUGUAAAGACAUCACGUCUCCUAUUAAAUUCUACACCAUCUCUCUCUCUCUCACACACACACACACACACUGAGCUUUAAGAGAACUGUUUCAGCAGGACGUACUCCAGUAUUUUUAUUCUAACACUCUAAAAGCAAAAGAUAAAAUGGUAAAACUAUGAUUUAUUAUUUAUGUAAUAAAUAACAUUUAUGUAGUAAAAAUUCUAAAGGAUUUUAUUUUGUAUUUUUGUUGCAGUAUUUUAAUUUUUUUUACUAAUAUUGCUAAUUAGAUAACGAUCAAAUGCUGAAGUUUGAAGCUGUGAGUUUAACUGGUGUGUAUGACAUUUUAAUGACUAACACACACACAAGAAAAACACUUCAUCCCUUAUAUUUUUUUGUACGGCAUUUAAAUAUAUUUAAAUUUGAAAUCUAUAUAUAAAUAUAUAUUUUUUUGUGUCGUAAACGAAUUAAUACUAAGUCUUGUAGUAUGUUAUUUUAAAAAUGAACAUUCUUAUGUAUGCUAUAAAACAAUUUACAUGUGUCCUUCCCCUGGAGAAAGCAGCAACGUGAGUCUUACAUAGGUUACUGAAAGAUUGUUUCUUCUACUAAUCAGGUUAAAAUUAUUCAUAAACUGUUAUUAAUUAGUUUAAACACUAAACAUGUUGAGUAAAAGAUUCUAAGACCAGUUUUACUAUAAUAUUAUUCAUUAUAUAAAGAAUGAAACUGAAUGAAUCAGUGUGCAUUGAACUAAAUGAGUCACAUUGCUUCUUAUUCAAAUAAUUGAUUGUAAUUAUAUAAUAAAAAUCUCAA